AUGGAGAGCACAAGUCCUAGUAGGGAUUCCUUUGAGUGUGGAGUUGUUGAGCACCAUGGAAGAUUUGUUGAAGCAAAAAAACUAACAUCUCUCAAUUGACUAGUGAACAAAGGUUUUCUUCUGAAAACAAAUAGAUAAUUUUUUUUUAAAAUAUUUAUAUAAAAACUUAAUUUUUAUGAAAAAUCUAAUUUUAUUUAUAAAAUUUAUACUUUAAAUAAUGUAAGCUUUUAAAAUAUAAUAUUAUUAGCAUAAUUAUAACUGUUAUUUAUAUAUAUUAAAUUCUAAAAAAUUUUUUUUGGUCGCUAACUAAUGUUAAUUUUUUCAUAAAAUAGUGAUUUUUUAAUAGUUUGCUCAUUAAUUAAGCGGGAAAUAAGAAAACAGGCAGACGAUGACGCUAAAAGACUUGCUAAUAGAGUUGCCUUGCUCAGACUAGAAGCUGCAAAAGCUAGCAGAUUAAUCGAAAAGACUCGCGUUAGAGUUUUAGAAGCAAAAGAAGUAAAAAUCAGAAACCUCGAAAAUCAAAUAAACAAAGACGAACUAAAAAAAAGACGGCAAAAUGAACAAGAAAGGAAAGCUGCCUUCAAUCAUGAACUGAGAGAAGAAUUUAGUCUAAAAAAGCAAAUAGUUAAAGAAUCAGUUUUAACCAAAAAAAGAAUGUCUGCCUCAGCCCAAAGGCAAAGAAGAAAAGACGACUUGGACUGUAUAGAGCAGCAGAAAAAUGAAACUGUUUUAACGAAAAGCUUAGUCGCACAAAAAGUUAAAAAUGAGAAAAGAUUGGCGGAAGAAAAAAGGAUGAGACUCGAAGCUGAAAAAAAGGCUCAAAUAAGGGCUGAGCUUGAAAAGAAAAUUAAAGCUGAAGAAAACGCGAGACUCAUGAGAGAAGAAGAAAUCGCCAGGCUUGAAUUAGAAGAAACUGAGUUGAUAAGGCGGCUGCAGAACUCUCAGAGCAUACAAAAGAGCGUUUUUGAAGAGCUGAGUAUGGCUUUAACAAGCCCAUUAGACAGCAGAGUGCUGCUUGACGAAAUUUCUGUUGAAGAUAUACAAAUGCAGAAUGAAAAUAUUGGACAGUAA